UCCCAUUCAUUCUCCCCUCAGCAACAUGUCUGUUGCUUUAGCCAACGCAGUAUGCCAGCACUGCCAGGUAUGCUUCACUCCUGCCAAGAGGAUUGUCAGCAGCAAUGGAAAGCUGUAACAUGAGCACUGCUUUGUGUGUGCCCAGUGUUCCCGGCCCUUCCCUGAGGGGCUCUUUUACGAGUUUGAAGGCCAGAAGUACUGUGACCAUGACUUCCAAAUGCUGUUUGCUCUGUGCUGCUGAUCAUGUGGCAAAUUCAUCAUUGGCUGUGUCAUCAAGGCCAUGAACAGCAACUGGCCUGGGUGCUUCUGCUGUGAGCUGUGUGAUGUGGAGCUGGCUGACCUGGGCUUUGUGAAGAAUGCAGGCAGGCACCUGUGUUGGCCUUGCCACAAUCUUGAGAAGGCCAAGGGCCUGGGACCCAAGUACAUCUGUCAGCAGUGCUACCUGGUCAUUAAGGAGCAGCCCCUCAUGUUCAGGAAUAACUGGUACCACCUGGACCACUACAGCUGCACCCAUUGCAGGAAGGAGCUGACUGCUGAAGCCUGAGAGCUGAAGGGGAGACUCUACUGCCUGCCAUGCCAUGACAAGAGGGGUGUCCCCAUCUGUGGUGCCUGCCGUCGGCCCAUUGAGGGUCGUGUGGUCAAUGCACUGGGCAAGCAGUGGCAUGUGGAGCACUUUGUGCGUGCCAAGUGUGAGAAGCCAUUCCUAGGACGUAGGCACUAUGAGAAGAAGGGCCUGGCCUACUGUGAGACCCGGAGUAGAGGGACAGCAGCAGGAAUAAAGGGGCAUUCUGAGAAGCAAUGCUUCAACCUGGCAUCCUUCCGAGGGGUUGAUUCUGAUGUGCCAUGGCUCUCUGGGGACGUCUGCUACAGCUGCCGCCAUGUGAUCGAGGGUGAUUUGGUUUCAGCCCUCAACAAGGCCUGGUGUGUGAACUAUUUCUCUUGCUGCACCUGCAACAAUAAGCUCACCCUGAAGAACAAGUUUAUGAAGUUUGACAUGAAGCCCGUGUGGAAAAGAUGCUACAAGAACUUCCCACUGGAGCUGAAGAAGUGGCUGAAGAAGCUGGCAGAGCUGGCUGCCCCCAAGGCCUACCCCAAGUCUAUGGGCCCCCCCUUGCCCUCACUUCUCCUCUUCUUGCUGGUCUUCCUGCUCAUGCUGAGCUCUUCUGCUUGCCACCUCCAUUGCUCAUCUUAUCUCCCUUCAUGGAUCUUCCCUUCUCUCUGGUCAGCAUUCCCUCCUCUUCCCUUUGCUCCCUUCUCUUGCCCUCUCCCUGGGACUCUUCUCUCCCUUGCUAUGGGCUCCUCUCCCUCCUUCUCUUUAGGCACAAGGCAGAGGUGGGGGCCUGGAUGUGUUGAGCCUAUGACAGGCCCGUGUCUACAAGCCUUAGCCUGACAUCCUCAAGGGACAGGAGCAAAUGGAGACCUGGAGUCACCUGGCCUUCGAUGGGGGCCACUUCUCUUAGCCCUGCCUAGCAGACCUGUUCCAUUCCUACAGGGGACCUGACAGCUCACACUCUUUUGUGGGGGCUUGGCCAGCCUCUGCCCAGACUGGCCCCAAUGUGUACCUAUGUGGCCCUGCACAGACAGGUAGCUGCCCUGCCCCAGGACCAAGGCCACAGGGAAUAGGAAGUCUGGUGAAACCACUCUUCCAUCCCUCAGCCACCCACUCAACCAAGUAGGAUCCUUGUGCCUGAACUGGGCCAGCACGUCCUGCCAACUCACUCCAUGAAUCAACAGGAUGGACAAGGACCCUACUCCUCCCUCACUCAGGAGGCUUCCUUCCUAAAAUCUGGCCUUGGCUACUCCAUCCCAGGUUUGGGUCACUGUGGCUUUCCCAAGCUCCUCUGUGGUCACUGCAGUCCCUCCAUCCCUGCACCCCAGGCACACAUUAAGCUUCUGGGUAAAGCUGGGGGCCAGAAGGUGGUGGAGCCAGGUGGAUGGCUCAUUCCUACCCUCCAGGGAGGAUACUUCCUCCAUGGCCAGCACAGGACUUGGUGUGACUCACGCUUGCACAAUAAAUAAAGGCUUGCGUACACAA